GCAGGCUGGGGGCGAGCCAUUGUCAUCAACACAAAGAAACGAACUCUUCGACUUAAGUGAUGCCAUUUUCAACACGCGACUACCCAUUGCGAUCUGGAUCGGAAUAAGAAGUUCUUCCAAGUUGGAUUUAAAUUAAUGCAGGCUGCACGAAAGCGUGUCCCUUUGGACUAAGUUAGAGGAUAAAAAUACACAAUUCACUGGACGCACAAUAAGUUUUGUGUUUGGAGCAGCUGGCUAGCUGCACCAUACAUAUCUAUGUUAGCUGGCUAGUCAACUUUAAAGCGAAACGGUCGAAUGCUCCCACUGAUACAUCAUUAUCCCACGGCUCAUCGCCUCGUGACUUUGAGAAUAACCUCGCUAAACUGCAUUUUCUAGAAGCGUGCAUUAUACUUUAAAUUGCAGAUUGCAUAUCUCUACCAUUAACAUUUCGAAGAUGCAGUUUCGGACAGUUCUGGAUGUAAAAGUCGUGGAUGUGGAGAAGAGGCGCAAUCCCUCCAAACACUAUGUAUAUCUCAUCAACGUCACAUACUCGGACUCCACCUCCCACAUCGUCUACAGGAGAUACAGUAAAUUCUUCGACCUUCAGAUGCAGAUCCUUGACAAAUUCCCAAUUGAGGGAGGGCAGAAAGACCCCAAGAAGCGGAUCAUCCCAUUCCUACCAGGUAAAAUUCUCUUCCGUCGAAGUCAUGUGCGAGACGUGGCCAUGAAAAGACUGCGCUUCAUUGAUGAUUACUGCAGGGCAUUGGUGAGGCUGCCCCCUCAGAUCUCCCAGAGUGAAGAAGUCCUGAGAUUCUUCGAGACCAAAGCGGACGACCUGAACCCUCCCAAAGAGGACUAUGGCACCUCCAAGCGCAAGUCAGUGUGGAUGUAUGGUCUGUCAGAGAGUCCGAAGAAAGUGGCGCCAGGAAUCGACAAUUUGGACCCCAUGGUGCUGGAGCAGUAUGUGGUGGUGGCCAACUAUGAGAAGCAGGAGAACUCGGAGAUCAGCCUGCAGGCCGGUGAGCUGGUGGAUGUGAUCGAGAAGAGUGAGAGCGGUUGGUGGUUUGUUAGCACAGCGGAGGAGCAGGGCUGGGUUCCUGCAACAUACCUGGACUCUCAGAAUGGUACCAGGGAUGACCUGGAGCUGAGCACUUCCAGGGCGGGAGAAGUUACUAAGCGGCGAAAGGCUCACCUGAAGAGGCUGGACCGGCGAUGGACGCUGGGUGGCAUUGUCAACCGACAGCAGAGUCGAGAGGAAAAAUAUAUCACAGUGCAGCCUUAUGCCAGCCAAGGGAAGGAUGAGAUUGGGUUCGAAAAAGGUGUCACCGUGGAGGUCAUCCAAAAGAACCUGGAGGGUUGGUGGUAUAUCAGGUACCAGGGUAAGGAAGGCUGGGCCCCGGCCUCGUACCUGAAGAAAAUGAAGGAAGACUUCUCCCCCCGCAAGAAGACCCUGACCGGCCCCGUUGAGAUCAUUGGCAACAUCAUGGAGAUCAGCAACCUCCUCAACAAGAAGGCGGUGAGCGAGAAGGACGUGCAGACGGACAAUGAUCCUGAGGAGCCCCACAUCACCAAGAAAGAGAUCAGCCUCCCCAUCCCGUGUGAGGACCCCAGUAGUGGCGCCGCCCUGGUGGACAUCAAGGGAAAAGCAGAGCCAGGGUCCCCGGCCAUUGCUCGCAUCGCCCCUCAGAGAGUGGAGAUCGGGGUUGAGGCUAAAAGUAUGCCACCUCAUCAAAAAUUAAAGUGCAAGCAUCAUGCAGGUUCUCCAAACCUCAGACAGAAGCCUCCGCCUCGGAGAGAAGCCAGCCUGGGAUUCCAGUUACCUAAGCCACCAGAGCCCCCUACUGUUGAAGCUGAGUACUACACCAUCGCAGAGUUCCAAUCCUGUAUAUCUGAUGGCAUCAGUUUCCGUGGAGGACAGAAGGCUGAUGUUAUAGAGAAGAACUCAGGUGGCUGGUGGUACGUACAAAUUGGGGACAUGGAGGGUUGGGCUCCUUGCUCCUAUAUUGACAAAAGGAAGAAACCCAAUCUGAAUAGGAGGACCAGCACUCUGACCAGGCCCAAAGUCCCGCCCCCUGCACCACCAAUCAAGAAGCAGGACUCUGAAGAGACAGCCCCACCCAGCAGCCCAGUCUCCAAAGUGGCAGAAUCCCCCAGCAAGCCUGUGUAUGAAGAGCCAGAGUAUGAUGUCCCUGCUGUCGGGUGCGACUUGGAGCCAGAGCUGGACUCUCUGCACGGGGACUCCUCGGUGGACCUGAAGAAUGAGGACGUAGAAAAGAGCUCCCAGCCAUCCCCCAAACCCUCGCCCGCAUCCGCCCUGCUGACCGCGUCCUUCAAGGUGGGUGAGUCCACUGAGGACGUUGCCAAGGAGGAGGAAUCCAUCUAUGAGAAUGAUGGUUUCCGGCCGUAUUGCGAGGACACCACGUCCAGUAAAGAGUCUAGUGGCGACUCAGACUCCCCAAAGACAAACUCUUUCUCGACAGCCCGCAAAGUCUCUGUGUCCCGUUCUUCGCCAGGGAGCGGGAAAGCAGUGAAGAAGAUUCAGCCUGAACUGGCGAGAAGCCAGUCCCUAACCAAAGCCGAGGAGGUCAGUCCCAGGUCCUCCUCAGAUGAAUCUGCUCGUGGUGCAACUAAGCAGUCGGGGCUUAAGAAGGACACAGAGCACAAAACGGGCCAAAGUCCCUCCACCAAACCGAAGCCUGUGGUCAGGCCCAAACCCCUCCUGGCCAAGUCCGAACCCCAGACAUCGGAGAAAAUGGAUAUAAGCACCCUCCGACGCCAGCUAAGGCCCACCGGCCAAUUGAAGCAUGGAAUAAAGGCCUCCAGAGGUGAGGACUCUGAGACCGCCUCCGUCAUCUCAUCGGAGGACUCUGUUUGUUCCCGGAGCACCUCUGAUCUGUCCAGCAUCUACUCCAAGGGGAGCAGGGGGGACUCUGAUUUUGAAGGCUCCUUUUACAGGACCACUGACAGCUAUGAGAAGGUGCAGGACUCGGAGAUCAGCUUUGCGGCUGGCGUGGAGGUGGAGGUGCUAGAGAAACAGGAGAGUGGCUGGUGGUACAUCAGGUGUGGAGAGGCGGAGGGCUGGGCGCCCACUUACUACCUAGAGCCCUUAAGGCCUCAGUCUGACACGGCCGGAUCUGAGUCAGACGGCACCCCCACCAAGCAGGGCAGCUUGAGCAAGUCCAACAGCCUUGAGAAGAAUGAGCAGAGGGUGCAGGCCCUUAACAACAUCAACCAGAAUAUGAGGAGGUCCACCCCACCCAUUCCGUCCAAGCCUCCUGGGGGCUUCUCAAAACCCACGGGUCUGGUCAAUGGUGCAGUGAAGCUGAGGAAUGGGGUGCGCCAGCUUGCUGUUCGGCCCCAGUCCGUCUUCGUUUCGCCACCCGUCAAAGACACCAACAUCCACACCGGGUCCCUCAGGAGGAACGAGUCCCUCACCUCCACCGAUCAGCUAAAGUCCGGUGUGGGAGUGCGCCGCAACUCCUCCUUCAGCGUCGUCCGGCCUCAAAUGGCAGCCGAUGCCAAACUGAAGCAGCCGGACAAGGCGGUCAUGGGCAGCACAGAUGCCCUGGGCCGGGUCACUCAGAGGAAUGGGAUCCCAGUGUCCACCGUCAAGCCCAAGCCCAUCGAGAAAUCCCACCUCAUACACAACAACCUCAGAGAAGUUUACAUUUCAAUAGCCGAUUACCGUGGGGACGAGGAAACCAUGGGAUUUCCAGAGGGGACCAGCCUGGAAGUCUUGGAGAGAAACCCCAAUGGUUGGUGGUACUGCCAGGUCCUGGACAGUGGGCGGCCUCAGAAGGGCUGGGUACCCUCUAACUACUUGGAAAGAAAAAAGUAACCUCUUACUAAUGUGUUGUAAUAUGUACAUUCAUUUUAAGACAAUGAAGAAAAAAGCAAAAUAAUGUAUUCUGAAUGAGAAGAAGGACACUUUUAGUGCUGGUUUACUAAAAUGUAUACAUAAAGACUGUAAAAAUUGUCAGUGAUAUAUUGUCAACUCAAACAAGUGACAAAAAACAAAAACAAAACUGGGGUGGCCACCCCGGUGUCUUAAACAUUAUGGGGGCGGUGUUUUCAUUGAUUCAUUGAUCGAAAAAAUAGAAGGUAAUAGCUCCUUGUGAAAGGGCUUAAUCUUAGUACCUGAAAGAUGCAGGGUCAUGCAUGCGUAAUACCCGCUUUUUUUUUUGUGAUUGCCAAAUGGGUGCCUUUGUUGAUUUUAAACAGGAAAGACAUACUGAGGAAUCAACCGAACAUGAGUAAAUGCUUUGACAGUACCAAAUUGAUUUCGGUGCCAUAGGCCUAUGAGCAUGGGAUAUCACCAAAUUUUUUUUUUUUUUAGUCCAAAGUUUGUGAGAAAGAAAAGUUUCAACCCAUGGACAUUGAAGCAGGAAUUGGAUGAAACUUAAUUGUUGAAACUAUAAGAAAAAAAGAUCGAAAGUAAAACGCAACAACGAGGAAAGAGUGUCGUGGGCUCAGCAACAUCUUCGGAGCCCAGAAAAAUGUGUUGUUUGUUCUUGUAAAAGUUCUUGUAUCUUUUUAGGUCUUGUGUGUUUUCUUGACUUCCUUAGAGAUGUAUUUCUGCUGUAGUCUUGUGACAGCCACACCACUCUGUCAGCCUAAAAUUUGAAGUUGCUUUGCCCCCUAGGCAGAUUUUCUGUUCUGUUCUGCCUUGUCACACAGAUUGUCUGUUUAGAAGUCCCAUUUAAUUCGGUUAACUCGUUAACGUGUGCCCCGUCAUUAAAAUGUGACUGACCAAUUUUUGCAAAUUUAUACAGGUUUUAAUAAAUUAUUGCUAAGAAGUAAUGUUAAUUCUGUUACACUUGAAAUAAAUUCAUCUCGUAUGAUUGAGAAAGAAGAGCCAAAGGGGAUGAUUAAAACUCUUCAUUACUCCUUUGUAAUGAGACUCCUUUGAGUGUUUUUCAAAGUUAAUCGAAAACUGCCCUCUUCAGACUAGUGUCAACCCUAAAUGGAGAUUGGUUUGCAGUAUGUGAAAGAAUUAUUUUUUUUUCUUUUUACAUGUACUGUAGUUCCAAAAAAGAUAUUCUGUGUAUAUUGCUGCUUCAUGUGUUCACAUACCACUGCUGCUGCAGUGGAGUAGGAAAUAGUUUACUUCGAACACAAAUCUGUACUGGAAAAAAGGCUAAGUAAAUGCCAGUCAAUCCCAGGGAUGUAGUUGCAUAGCGUUUAGCCCAAAAUGUGAUCAAACCAAAGAUGAACAUGUUGUAUAGAUUUAAUAUUUAAUUGGUGGGUACAUGAAAUGUGGCAUGUUCAUCAGAAUACCCAAACAAGGUUUUAGCAAAGAAGAAUAAGUUUUUAUGAGAUUGUUAUGGUAUUGAUAUCUGGAAGCACUUGAUAUCCUUGCCCCAAGACAAAUAUAAGCACAUACUGUCAUGCAGGGUUAAUUUCAUGAUGACAUUCUAAUAUUGCUGUGCAGUAUUAUUAUUAUUUUUUUUUUUGAAGUUGAGCUUUGAGGCAAUGGAGUUUUACAUUGAAUAUAUUGUGUACCUUAUUUAAAGUAGCACAAUAUUUUCCCUCCUGGAAAAAAUGGAACGGAUAUAGGUAGAAGUCAUUUCAAACCCUUAGCAAAGCAAAGUUGGAGUCCCAGUCAAGGAUGAAAUGCAUUUAGAUUUGCGUUACCUAGCAUUUUGGUUUAACUGGUGUACCUCCACUGAACACAAGUACGAUGAGGUCUCAUUCAGAUUAAUUGUCUUUGAAAAGAUGAAUAUCUUUUGUCAUGACA